AUGAGCGCGGUCAAGAACCUUCGGGCUAUGUUCGAGCAGAAGGGGGAAGCUAGUCCCCCGGACAGAGGCAGGUCGCCUGUUCCACACGCCCUCAGCGACUCCCCCAGACCCCUUUCGAAAAUCCGAACGAGCUUCGUGGCAAUUGAGAAGGAAGGCAGGGUGGGAAUCCAGCGCGAGGGCAGUCAAGACUCCAUCUCUGCGCUUCGGAAGCACAGCGGCGACAGCAACGCGACAACGCCAACGACCGGAACGGAGAGAUCGAAUCCAUUUGACGCCCUGGCCAAAUCGCCUAGCAAGCUGGGUCCGCAGAACCAGUCAGUUUUCGGAUCUCCACGAGCGAAUACCGGCGCUCAAGAUGUGGCGCGGCUAGCCGAAGCAAAGGUCGCCAAGGCUGAGCUUUCGCCCGCUGCGGUAGUAGAGCCAAAGGCGGAGCCCAAGGCAGAGGCAAAGCCGGAGCCAGAGGCGGAAAAGACGGAGGUCAAGCCGGAGCCAAAAGCAGAGCCAAAGCUGGAGCCAAAAGCAGAACCGAAGACGGAGGCAACGCCAGAGCCAAAGCCGGAGCCAAAGCCGGAGCCAAAGACGGAGCCAAAGACGGAGCCAAAGACGGAGCCAAAGACGGAGCCAAAGACGGAGUUGAAGACAGAAUCAAAGGCACAGGCGAAGGCAGACCUGAAGUUGGAGCUGAAGCCAGAACCAAAGACGGAGGGGCCCAACGCGGAACCCAAGGCGCCAGUCAAAGGCAGAGCCAAAAACGCCAGAGGAGGCAAGCCGAUUGCAAAGCCAGAGAAGUCCCCAAGAGGCCCAAGGACCCCUGCCGCAACAUCAGCCCACCAUCCUGUUGUAAAGAGGACGCCUGAAAAGAAGCUUCAUUCGGCCGAGAAGCCUGUCACCCCUCGAGCGACUCCAACAUCAAAACCUGCCGGCCCUUCAUCGGUCAAGAGACCACCGCCACUUCAGUCGUCUCCCGCGAAUACCGGCUUUGUCAAGCCGAAGGUUAAGUCCCCGACGCGGCCCAUCAAGCUCCCCACCGGCUUGACUACGCAUACCGCUUCGUCCGGCUCCAAAGUCAAUGCGUCUCGCCAGUCCCUGUCCCGUGCGAGCGGCACUGUCCACGACCCCCAUACACGCCCAGCCAGCAGAACGAGCGCCUCCACUAGCGGCAGCGGCUCCAACAAAGCAGUGUCGGUAAGGGGGCAGACCUCCACCAUUAACCGGUCUCGGCCAAGCCUGGGCCCGCCCCCGAAGCAGCCUGUGACGGAUUAUCCGCCGAAGAAGGAGAAGGAGGUCGACCAAGGGUUCCUCGCGCGUAUGAUGCGCCCUACGGCAUCUUCUGCGUCCAAGGCUACCAGUAAGGCGCACAUCAGCCCGCCGCGGAAGACUGCCUUGGCACCCAAGAGAGCAAGGUCAGUGCAGCCUGGGAAGAGGGCCGUUUCGAGGUCCACGGCCACUAUUUCGACUUCAUCGGCCGUGAAGGCGAUCGACACGACCAACAGUGCUGAGGGCGAGGUCACUCCUGUCGCGGGGCAGGCUGGGGACGAAGCUGCCUCCCCCACCGAGGGAGACGCCGAGUCAGCAGUGGCAGCGGAUGGAAAUGCAUUGGGGGCGGCGGCUGCGUAA